GUAGACUUGGAGGUCCGAGUUGUCCUUCGUCGACUCGUAUCCCACUCUACCCAUUUGUUUGCGCGGAUUUGUCUAGUCGGAGAUCGGUUGGCGCGGGUGCUAUUGUCAAACAUUCACUCCUACACGAUCUUUCACUCGCAUUGCGGCAACCGACUGAGACGUUAAAUCGUUUCUGCAUCUAACAAACAAGCAUCAUGAGCAGCCACAAUAGACAUCAUGCAAGUGCGGCUUCUCGUUCACGAAUUAGUGCCCUUUCACAAUCACUCGGUUUCACUUCCAUCUCCUCGCACCCACCCAAUGCUUCAACGCCUCGCAAUCUCUCUCCAGUUCAAUCGCGUUCUAGCUCGCCUGGACCGACUCAAACACAUCAACAAUUGUCUGCUUCGUUACCUUCCCUUCCAAUGCAACCACUGCCUUUCCCUGCUCCAUCUCUCUCAGCAUCCAUGCCGAAUUCUUCAGAUAUGAACGAUCCACCUUCACCUAGAUCACGUAGUCGAAGCAAUGCGUCCAUCUCGUCACAAAUGUUUCCCAAUGUAGCGGCUUCUGGUCCUCCACCCAAUGCUCCAGCAGCAAUAUUUGCUGCUGGCCCCGGAGCAUAUUAUGCAUAUCCGUUCUUUUCUCCACCUCCACCCUCGCAUGUCCCUUCCCACACCACAGCACCUAGUGUUGGCGUUAAUUCAGGACAUCAUGAUGCCCCUGGGAUCGGGGUAGGGAUGGGAGGGCUAAGAACUUCGUAUUCCAGUCCUCAUCUUCCGUAUUUGUUUGAUGCUGGGGGGUUGGCUGCUUUCCACCACCACCAACAGCAACAGCAGCAGCAAGAGCGAGAAAGACAACAAAGACAGCAAGAAUUAGAACAUCAGGUUUCUGUUGCGCAGGCACAGCAGAAUUUACAAAACUCGUCUGUGGAGUUAAACGAUGACGAUGUGACGAAUUUGCAACCUCCUCCGUAUGGUCAUCACGAGACGACAUUUUCGAUCGGCCAGCCGCAGGUUUCGACGACCUCUGCAGAUUCAGCUCCCGUGCAAUUUCCCACUCCUCACCGGGGGACUCGGGCUCACAGUCGUAGCCACGGCCACUUGACACUUCAAACCACUUCGGCGUCCGUGCCACUUCUUUCCUCCUCUGGUCCUCCGUCUCCUUCGUACUACCGCUCGAGCGGUAAUCCUGAUAGCAUUAAUGGCACCAACAACACGAAUGCGAGAUCGAGACGUCCAACUCGAAAUGCUGGUUCUUUUUCGCAGCAACAACCACAACAUCAUCAGUCUGACCACCCUAAUCGUUAUGAUUAUCUUGGUGCUGAUGAGGGCAGAACAAUGGGCGGAAUGAGGGGUGGGAGAUGAAAGGAAGGAGGGGACACCAACGGGGUUUCGGACAAGAAGACUCGAGUAGUUCGGAUGCAUGGCAGAGCCAGAUUGCUUUGAUGAGUAAUCGGGUAAAGGGGCGA